AGAGCUCCAAGAUCCUUUUUUCUCUCCUUUCUUGCUGCGUUAAUCAUCAAAAAAAAUCGGCAGAGCCGAGCUCUCCUACCAGGUCGUGCACAGCCAUGGCGUCUAUCUCUUCUGAUCCUAUGGAUCGUCUCCCUACGGGUCUCAAGUUGUUUGUCCGGAAUCUCCAAUCUCUAACCCCGGUCAAGCUUGAUGACACCAAUUAUCCCUCUUGGUCAGCCACUGUACGUGCAAAUCUCCUCGCUCAUCGUCUUCUCGGCUAUGUGGAUGGAUCUGAACCGUCUCCUCCGUCUCUUAUUCUUGAUGAGAAGGCUGCGUCACCGGGAAAGGAUGAACCGCCGGUUAUGAAACCAAAUCCGGCCUAUGAAUCCUGGUGUAUUGUUGACGCUCAAAUUCGGGCCUGUCUCCUUGCUAUUGUCUCACCUACGGUUCAGACACAUAUUCAUGCUCUUCCCACCUCGCUUGCAAUUUGGAAUCAUCUAGAACAACGGUACAACUCUCUUUCACGAACUCAUAUAUUUCAGUUGAAGGAGCGUCUCCAUGGUGUUACGAAGGGGACCGAUUCGAUGCAAUCCUAUUUGGACACGGUUCUCACGAUUGUGUCGUCUCUCAAACUGGCUCAUGAAGAAAUCUCUGAACAAGAUAUUAUCCUUUGUGUUCUACGAGGUCUACCGGCCGACUAUGCCUCCCUCAAGCAAAAUAUUCGCACCAAUAUUGCCACCGUCACUUUUAAUCAGGAAGCUAUGGAAGAAAUUCAAGAAAAGGAAAGGGGUGAGAUUGUGAGAACCCACACCUUAAAGAAGCCCGCCAAGAUUUUUUGAGAGGGAUUUCUCCCCUUUAAAUAUGGAGAGGCUACGAGAAAAAAGGGAAGGACAAGCUCCAGGGUACUAGCAAGGGAAACAACUGCUGAGGAGGAAAGUCAAAGACGUGGAGGCCGAGCCAAAGGAGUUCUUAUUUAAUUUUUAAUAAUAAAUAAAUUAAUGGGCU